ACUUACUAUGUAUAUCCCACUCUGGCCUCAAACUCACAAUCCUUCUGCCUCUGCCUCUUGAGUUCUAGGAUUAUAGGAGUGUGCCACUAUACUUGGAAGCUUACUUUAUAUACCUAAUUUUUAGUGUGUGUUUAUGUGUGUUGCCAUGGUGAAUAUGUAGAAGUCAAGAAGACAACCUGUGAGAGUUGGUUCUCUCCUUCUUCUGUGUGGGUUCAGGGAAUGAAUUCAUUUUAUUUUGGUUUGGUGGCAAAGGAUCUUACCCACUGAGCAAUCUUGCCAACCUUCUUUUUUAUACAUACAUAUAUACAUACAUACACACAUACAGUGUGUGUGUGCAUGUCAAAUUAUCACAUAGUACCAAGUAAGUUUGUACAAAUAAAAUAAUAUUCCUAUGACAUGUAAGGUUCCAAGUUCAAGACAUAGCCCUAAUACAUGUGUGUGUGUGUAUGUGUGUGUGUUUGUGUGUGUGUGUUUUGUUUUGUUUCAUUUCAGAGAAGGUUUCCUGUAGCCCAGGCUUACCUGAAACCUGCUGUGUAGCUAAGGAUGGCACUGAUCUUCCCAUCUCCUCCUCCUCAGUACAAGGUGCUACUGUCAGUCUAAUAAUUAGUAAGUUAACAGGUGCCAGAGCUUUUCAGAGUUCCUCUCUAUAGUACAGUAUCAAGUAAGACAUGGACCAAGGUAUCCAUCAUGGCUCUUUCCAUUCAGCUCCCAAUGGGGCUCCAUUGAGAAGAUUAGUACCUAUGUGUUCUCCCUAACGUGCCCCUGCUCUGAUCACUGUAGACUGUCAUUACAGGGAUCUGUGUCAUUUGAGGAUGUGGCUGUGGAUUUCACCCAACAAGAGUGGCACAGACUGGACUCUACCCAGAGGAACAUGCACAAGGAUGUGAUGCUGGAGACCUACAGUCACUUGGCAUCUGUGGAUGCCCUAAAGCUCAAACUUCUUGGCCCAUGUCCUGUGCCAUUUCCCAUUAACAGGCCUCUGCGUGGCCAAACCGGACAUGAUCUUUAAGUUGGAGAGAGGAGAAGAACUGUGGAUAUUAGAAGAGGAAUCUUCAGGCCGUAAUUACUCAGGACCUCUGUCUCUGCUGUCUGGCAACAGUUCAAUUGGGGGUAAUGCCCUUGUACUGGAGAAUAACAUUUUUCAGUAUCAGAGUAUUCGAACUUUGAAUCAAAAUGUUGAUUAUAACAGAUGUGAGGAAGACUUCCAUGAAGAAACAGGUUUUGUUCAACAUAAAAGGACUCAUACCAGAGAUAAAAACUUUGAAUGUCAUGAAUGUGGAAAAGUAUACUGCAGGAAAUCUAACCUUGUUGAACAUCUGAGAACACAUACAGGGGAGAGGCCCUAUGAGUGUGGUGAAUGUACAAAGACUUUCAGUGCAAGGUCAUACCUCAUUGCUCAUCAGAAAACUCACACGGGAGAAAAGCCCUUUGAAUGUCAUGAAUGUAGAAAAUCUUUUGGCAGGAAGUCACAACUCAUUCUACAUUGCAGAACACACACAGGAGAGAGGCCCUAUGAAUGUACUGAAUGUGGGAAAACCUUUUCUGAGAAGGCAACCCUCACAAUCCACCAGAGAACCCACACUGGUGAGAGGCCUUAUAAAUGCAAUGAAUGUGGUAAGACAUUUCGUGUCAAGAUAUCUCUCACCCAGCACCUGAGAACUCACACAGGGGAGAAACCCUAUGAAUGUGGGGACUGUGGGAAAAACUUCCGAGCAAAGAAAUCCUUAAACCAACAUCAAAGAAUUCACACAGGUGAGAAACCCUAUGAGUGUGGAGAAUGUGGGAAAUUCUUCCGAAUGAAAAUGACUCUAAAUAAUCAUCAAAGAACUCACACAGGUGAAAAACCCUAUCAUUGUAAUGAAUGUGGGAAAGCCUUCAGGGUACACUCAUCUCUGGGAAUCCAUCAGAGAAUCCAUACUGGAGAGAAGCCCUAUGAAUGUAAUAAAUGUGGAAAUGCUUUCUAUGUGAAAGCUCGACUCAUUGAGCAUCAGCGUAUUCAUUCAGGAGAGAAACCCUAUGAAUGUAGUGACUGUGGGAAGAUCUUUAGCAUGAAGAAAUCCCUUCGUCAACACAAGAGGACUCACACUGGUGAGAAGCCUUAUGAAUGUAGUGAAUGUGGAAAUGCUUUUUAUGUGAAAGUGCGCCUCAUUGAGCAUCAGAGAAUUCACACAGGAGAGAGGCCUUUUGAAUGUCAGGAAUGUGGAAAGGGCUUCUGUCGGAAAGCCCACCUCACAGAACACCAGAGAACUCACUUGGGCCGAUCCCUGCUUUGUGCAUUGGAGAAAGCUUCUUGAAGAGUCCCUCACUCCCAACACUGGGCCAAGCCCCUAGGGGCAUCUAAUCAAGCAGAACAUGCAAAGCACAUUUGCCACUGUUUGGUACUUAGACUGGUAUAAAAAUGUGUCUGAUCCCUUUAGAGAAUAGCUUAGUAUUGCUUGCUUUUUUUUUGGAGACACUUUGUAGCCCAGGCUGGCCUUGAACUUUUGCCAGUCUUCUGAGUGCUUUGACAACAGGUGGGCAAAACAGUCUGUCUGUCUUUUUUCAUUUGUAUUUCUCAAUUUAGUGAUGAAGUUGAACAUAUUGUGUGAUGAUUAGCCAUUUGAAUAUUUUUUUUUAAAUCUGUACUGAUUGCUUAUAUCUUUUGUUCACUGUUUCCUAAUGAGAACUUUAUCUUACUCUCUGGUUUAAAUGUUGUUGGUGGUGUUAUUGUUUAACAUGUAAGCAUAUAAAGUCCUCAUUCAUGUGUUAAAAUAUCUUCUCUCAGAUUACUCAGCUGGUUUUUCAAUUUUGUUAACUCUUUUCUUGCACUAAAGUUUUAUGUUUAAGCUAUUGUCUGUUUUAAGGUGGUAAUAUUUAUUUAUACUUCCUCAAACAUUUAAAAUUUGAAUCUACUGUGAGAUUUUUUUGAUAUAGUAUGGAGCCUGCAAUGUAUAAUACUAUUUUGUCAUGUUAAUUUUUUUACAGAAAUUGUGUCACAUUGUAGUUAAAUGCUUAGCAAGCUGGCUUGUUUUCAAUUACCUUCCUAAGAUCUGUCCCUGUUGGUAACUUUAAGUCUUGUGCCAGUUAUUAAGCUAUUCUGUUCUUACUGUGAGUCCACCCUUCUAGAGUGUGCUUUGUUACUCUGAAACAUAUUCUGCCUUGUCAGCUGCUACCUUUUGGAACUUGGCUAAUAAGAUUCUGGAUACAGCCAGCCUGUGGUGGCACAUGCCUUUAACCCCAGCACUCAGGAGGCAAAGGCAGGUAGAUCUCUGAGUUUGAGGCCAUGCUGGUCUACAAAACCUAGGACAGCCAGGGCUACAUGAAGAAACCCUGUCUUGGAAAAAAAAGGAAAAAGGAAAAAAAAGAUACUAGAUAUAUACUUUGGGCUAAAGACAAAGGGACUUGAUCUUUUCCCCUUUCCAUGAGCUCCUUGUUCAUCCAAAUGUUUUCCCAGAAUCACUACACAGGGACAAAGGAGUUCCUGUUGGCAGUUUCAUCAGAUGCUCAACUCUGAAAGAAACAGCCUUGUGGUAUUGUAUCUUCUUGAGAUAAGCAUCAGCUGAAUGAUGUCACCACCUUAAACCUGUGAGCCCUAGCAAUGUAGGACCCCUCCUAUACCCUUCUAAUUAUUAUUAUUUUUUAAUUAAAGAUAGGGUCUCAUUUUAUAGCACAGGCUGGCUUAGAACUCAGGAUUAUCCUGUAGCUAUCUCCCUUCCAAGUCUUGGUAUCACAAGCAUGUUCCUUCUUCUUUUAAAUAAUUCUGGUUUCAUCCUUUGUUACUGAUAACGGAUGCUAGGCAGAAAGAGAAAGAAAGUAUCCUCUGCAGCAUCUACUUCCAGGAACCAUUUCAGACAUAAGAACAUGUUAGCUGCCUCUGAUAAAAAUGGCCUGGUCAGUGGUCAAUAAUUGCCUGAUAGAUAAGGAAUUUAAAACAUUUGUUCGUUUGAGACAGGGUCUCACUAUGUAGCUCUGGCUGGUCUGGAACUCAUGAUAUAGAUCAAGCUGUACUUAAACUCAGAGACUAUAAUAGAAAAAUCUCUAAGGUAUUUGUCAUUAAUUUUCAAGCACUGGCUUUCCAUGUUUAUAAAAAAAAUCAACUAGCACUGGCCUUUCAAUGAGGGAUAACAGUCCAUAAGCUGCUUGUAAUGAAUUGCAAUGUUAAAGAUGAACCAGUGACAGGCAGGGGCUCUAAACUGUUCCAAAGCUAAUGAAAUCAAAAUGUAAUCAGACAGCAAUAGAUAUUAGUUAUUGCUUCUUUGGCCCAAACUAACAAAACUAGAAGGUAAACUGGCAAAAUACAUGUAGUUAUUAUUAUUAUUUUAGAAAUAUCAUGAAUUCUAGGUCACCCAAACCAACUCUUAGCUGACUGUAAGGUUAACUCAAGUGAUAUUAAGGUUAAGCAUUUUCUCCAUGGUUGGCCCCAAAGGGUAGAGCUCUGCCUUCAUGCCCAAGGCCCAUGUCACUUUGAAAAGAUGACAGUUUUGUGCCCCUUCAAUAAAAACUACAAAGAACAAAGUGUUGCUGGGCAGUUUGGCCCUUAAAUUGGUUCCCAUGUAUUUAAAAAGACAUUAGAGACUGGUAAAGGAAAUGGAUUUAUUAAAUGUUUGAGCAAAUCCCAUAGCAAGACAGACUCCUAGUUUCCUUCCACCCUUCCUGUAGUAUCACUGUAGUUUUGUAGAAGAAAUGAAAGAAAAGCCAGAAGCUAUGCACGUGUUAACCGAGAUAAGCUGUCAAAACUAUAAGAAAUCUCUUCCCCAAAGGCAGAUUCCUUCUCUGGUGUUUGCACACCAGUGCCUUUUAGUUUUUCCCCUCUCUCAGCAUGGGGUUCUUGGGGGUCCAUUGUUUUAGGAUCCUUGUUUUCAAAGCAGAAGGGAAGGGCACAAAUCUCUAACAUAUUCUCUUACUGGGGUUUCAACCUAGGGUAAUGUUGAACGUGACCCUGGUCGCUCUCUUUGUUCUCUGUAGUGUGUUCCCCUUGUGCUCUGUUGAAAGUAUAGCUUUCUCCUUUCCCUCUUUAAGUCUCCUGUCAGCUGCUGAGAUCUCCAGCUUGUUUGCUGUGUUUUUUUUCUCAGACUCCAAUAAAUUGUCCUUGAGCUCUU